AUGAGGUAUCUCCUCCCCGUGAUUCUCCUCGGCCAGCUGGCCACCGCCUCCCCCAUCUCCAUCGCCGAGGAGGUCGAGGUGGAUGCGGGUGAGAAGUUCAACUACGACGGCUACAGGGUCCUCCGUGUGGCGUACAGCGAGUACGAGAAGAACCCGGAAGCCGUCGCCGCCCUCGGCGAGCAGCUGAGCGACGAGCCCGCACAGUUCGGCCAGGUCGACUUGCUCGUCGCGCCCGAGAAGAGCAGCGACAUCGAGAGCCUGGGCAUUGAGUUCCAGGUCAUCCAGGAGGACCUCGGUGCUGCCAUCAAGCAGGAGGAAGAGGAGACGGUUGAGUAUCGUGCGGGUGCUGCGGCUGUUCCAUCCGACAGUUGGUUCGACGCCUACCACUCAUACGCCGACCACCUGGCCUUCCUGAACGACCUCGUCUCCGUGCGACCCAACAACGCCGAGAUCGUGACCGCCGGUGCUUCGUCCCAGGGCCGCAACAUCACCGGCAUCCAUUUCUGGGGCAGCGGCGGCAAGAACUCGAAGCCGGCCGUCAUCAUGCACUCCACGGUUCACGCGCGUGAGUGGAUCACGACCAUGACCAACGAGUACGUGGCCUACCAGCUCCUCACCAAGUACGACACCGAUGCUGCCGUAAAGUCGUACGUCGACAAGUACGACUUCUACGUCUUUCCUGUUGUCAACCCGGACGGCUUCGUCUACACGCAGACGAACACGCGUCUCUGGCGCAAGAACAGGCAGGCCGCCUCCGGCAGCAGCUGCGUCGGCACCGACAUCAACCGUAACUGGGCUGUCGGCUGGAACGUGGCAGGUGGCUCGUCGACCAACCCAUGUGAUGAGACCUACAGAGGCUCCGCCGCUCUCAGCUCCCCCGAGGCUGCCGGCCUGGCCGCCCAGAUGCGCGCCGUCCGCGACCAACAGGGCGUCAAGAUGUACAUGGACUGGCACUCGUACUCGCAGCUCUGGAUGACGCCGUACGGCUACACGUGCAGCACGCUGCCGGCCGCCAACGCCGAGCUGCAGUCCAUCUCCGGCGGCGCCGUCGCCGCCAUCGAGGCUGUCUACGGCACGCAAUUUGAGUACGGCCCGAUCUGCCAGACCAUCUACCAGGCAUCCGGAUCCAGCGUCGACUACUCCAACGACGUCGUGCGGUCGACGUACACUUUCACGGCGGAGCUGCGCGACACCGGCCGCUACGGUUUCGUGCUGCCGGCCAACCAGAUCAGGCCGACGAGCGAGGAGAUGUGGGCGGGCAUGAAGUACGUCUUCGCCAACAUGAAAUGA